AGUGUCGCACAACUCAAGUCAAGCUGAAGUGCCUCAGCGAGCGCUCCUGUCACAUGCUCGUCGUGAUGGCUGCCGUGUGGCGAGCUCGUAAAUUUGACCGCGGUGUCGUCCGCUUCUCUGAUCGUGAUCUGUAAAACAUUCGCUGAAAGCACGUCUUUAAACGCUACAUUAAAAGAGCUCGCAAAAUAAGCGGUUAUGGCUGAAAGCGACCAAAACACUGAUGGCACUGUUGAAGAAGGGGAGGAUGAAAAUACAGAGGAUUCUAAUCUGCAAAUGGAGCUCAGUGCCUUUCGGGCAAAGUGGAUGUCUGAGCUUCAGCCCAGCUCAGGUGGAAAGAAAAGUGUCCCCAAAACUGCUGACCUUAAGAGGAAACAGGAAAUCGCUAAAGAGGGGAAGGCCCGAGAGCUGUUCCUGAAGGCUGUCGAGGAAGAACAGAACGGAGCAGUUUAUGAAGCCAUCAAGUACUAUAAGAGUGCAAUGCAGCUGGUACCAGACAUUGAGUUUCGGAUCACCUACAGCAGAACUCCUGAUCCGGACCGCGGUGGCAGCUACUUGGAGGACAAUGAGAACGAUCGGGAGAUAGACGAUCUACUGACGUACUUCCAGCAGCAGCUGACGCUGUGCGACGGCACCAUGAAGCUGUGUGAGCCUGAGACAGACUCGACUCUGGUGCACAUCUCGGCUUUGCCCUUCGAGGUGCUCAUGUAUAUCUUCCGUUGGGUGGUGUCAUGUGACCUGGACCUUCGAGCCCUAGAGCAGCUUUCCCUGGUUUGCAAGGGUUUCUAUAUCUGUGCCAGGGACCCUGAGAUUUGGCGGUCUGCCUGUUUGAGGGUGUGGGGGCGGAGCUGCACCAAAAUGCUGCCAUUUUCAUCCUGGAGAGAGAUGUUUUUGGAAAGGCCACGUGUACGCUUUGAUGGUGUUUACAUCAGUAAAACCUCAUACAUCCGUCAGGGGGAAGAGUCUCUCGAUGGCUUCUACAGGGCUUGGCACCAGGUGGAGUACUACAGGUACCUGCGCUUCUUCCCUGAUGGUCAGGUGAUGAUGUUGACCACACCUGAGGACCCUUUGGUCACUGUCCCAAGGCUGCGCAGCAAGAACUCCAGGAUGGACUCCAUCAUGUUUGGCCAUUAUCGGCUGUCCCAGGAUAUGGACAAUGAAACCAAAGUUUAUGUUGUUGUCUCCAAGAGAAAAGAAGAGCAGAAGGUGGCAGAGUACCAGAGGAGCCGGUUCUGCAGGCGGAACCCAGCCCCCGAAGCGGAGCGCGCCUUUCAUGUAGGACUGCAGCUGUCCUCUGGGGGGCGUCAACGCUUCAACAAGCUGGUGUGGAUCCACCAUUCCUGCCACAUCACCUACAGAUCGACUGGAGAGACAGUUGUCACUGCGUUUGAUGUAGACAAAAUGUACACGCCUCUGUUUUUUGCACGAGUGAAGAGCUACACAGCCUUUUCAGAGCUUCCACUGUAGGACGACCCAAGCAAUGCAUGCAGUAACUCGACCCUUGACCCCUCAAGGUUUACACCUCACUGCCACCUCCAUCUGCUCGCCCUACUACUUCCAGCCCAGGCUCUUUCUUAUGAAUAUAGACGAAUGGUGUGACAUUCUUAGAUUCCUAGUCUUAACUGCAGCUCGAAGCAUUAUGUUUUGUUUUCAUGAUAGUGUAAGAUCUGUCUUGCUCUUAUUGUAAAGAUAAAGAUAUUCUCUCUCGCUCUCUCUCUCGCUAUAUAUAUAUAUAUAAAAGAUUGUAAGAGGUUUCAAAUGGACUGUGAUGAUGAUGAAUGUUCAGGUUGUUUUUGUGAAUUUCAGUGAGGGAAUAUGUCGGCUGAUAACUGGAACACCCAAAUAAAUGAGCUAUAUUGUG